AGAGAGAGAGAGCAAGCGCAGCCGUGUCGUGUGUAUCAGUCGGGUGGCAACCGUCGGACUCGCUGCAUCGGUUGCUUUCGCACAAGCCGUAACGACACUCGCGUGUUGUAUCGUACUUAUCCAGCGCGCUCGCUCCUCUUAUACAUCGUAUACUUAGCUUUCUACACUUGCAUCCACCUUUCCUCGAAAACUUCCCGAUCCCCCGUAACAAGCAUAACACAGUCGAGCGUUCGUCGUGCUCUCCGGUGAAUUUAUCGCGAGCCGCGGCCGCAAGGGAGAGUAUCGGCCUCUCUGCCACCCCCGACGUUCAUAUACAUAUACACAGUUUAUACACAUAAAGUGCGAGUGAAGAACAUGUGAGGUUGUUGUUGUUGGUGGUGGUUUUUUCGUUGGUGAUCCUCGUUGGUGCGGAUGCGACUGAUGCGGGAAUAUUAGAAAAGUAGCCGACAGGACGGGUGGAAGGAGAGAAGGUCGCAGGAGCGAGGGGUGGAUGUUUAGUAUGUGCAGCCGGCGCUGCUGCCCCCGCUGACUCCCCGAGUAGAAGCAGGUUCGAGGCGACCGGAGCCACCGCCUGCAACGAUCAUGGUUGCCAAGCACUUCAGUCAGGGCUGUAGCCCUGAGCUCGGCGUGCCGGACAUGACGGUGAUCAGCGACAUUGACGAGACGGGCAUCAACCGGAACCUCCAGGUCCGCUACAGCAGAGACGAGAUUUACACCUACACCGGAUCGAUUCUGAUAGCUGUCAAUCCGUACAAGGAGGUCGACUUUUACACCCUGCAACAAGUACAUCGCUACCACGGGCAGAAGAUGGGCGCGCUCGAGCCGCACGUGUUCGCCCUGGCCGAGGCGGCCUACCGCUCGCUCAAGGACAGCGACUGCAACCAGUCCUGCGUGAUCUCCGGCGAGAGCGGGGCCGGCAAGACCGAGACCACCAAGUUCAUCCUGCAGUACCUCUGCUCGGUCACGAGUAACGUCGACACCUGGGUCGAGCAGCAGAUCCUCGAGGCCAACACUAUCCUCGAGGCUUUCGGGAACGCCAAGACGGUGCGCAACGACAACAGCUCGCGCUUCGGCAAGUUCAUGCAGGUCUGCUUCGACAGCAAGUGGAUGAUCAAGGGCUGCAUAAUUCAGGACUACCUGCUCGAGCAGAGCCGCAUCACCUUUCAGAGCCCGGGCGAGCGCAACUACCACGUCUUCUACCAGCUGGUCGAGGCCGCGAGCCGCGACAAGGAGUUCGCCGAGCAGUACAAGCUCAGGCCGGCCAGUCACUACAAGUACCUGACCCAGCCGAGCGAGCGCUCGGACGGCUCCGCCAGCGCCGACUCGAAAAAGUUCGACGCGCUCAGGCUGGCCUUCAACGUUCUCCAGGUGCCGGCGGAGAUGUGCGAGGGGAUAUUCCGCGUGCUCUCGGCCAUCCUCUGGCUGGGCAACCUCAGCUUCCAGGACGUCGACGGCGAGCGCUGCGAGCUCACCGACGAGGACCGGCAGAUCCUCGAGAUGGUCGCGCCGCUCCUCGGGCUCCAGCUCGAGGACCUCACGAGGAUCGUGCUGCAGCGCGAGAUCAACGUGCGCGGCAACAUCACCGAGAUCCCCCUCAAGGUGCAGGAGGCCAAGGAGAACCGGCACGCCAUGUCCAAGGCCCUCUACUCCAGGACCUUCGCCUGGCUCAUCAACCACAUCAACAACUGCACCAACCCCGGCCAGGACAUAUCCAGGUUCCUCGGCGUCCUUGACAUCUUCGGCUUCGAGAACUUCGACACCAACAGCUUCGAGCAGCUCUGCAUCAACUACACGAACGAGAAGCUCCACAAGUUCUUCAACCACUACGUCUUCGCCCUCGAGCAGGAGCUGUACCGACAAGAGGAGAUCCAGUACUCGCACAUCACCUUCACCGACAACACCCACUGCCUCGAGCUGAUCGAGAAGCCGCCGCGCUGCGUGCUCAAGCUGCUGACCGAGCAGUGCCACAUGCCCAAGGGCUCGGACACGGCCUACCUCACGAACAUGCACGCCGAGUUCGAGAGCCACCCGUGCUACGUCAAGGGCGACGACCGGCGCAAGUGGGAAAAGGAGUUCGGCGUCAAGCACUACGCGGGCUGCGUCACCUACACCGUCGAGGGCUUCGUCGACAAGAACCGCGACGUCCAGCAGGACGUCUUCUUCGACUUCAUGAGCCGCAGCACCAACGAGUUCGUCCAAGAGAUCACGGCCUACCAGGACCUGCUCGGCUGCACCGUCGCCCGGGCCUCCGGCGGUGCCACGACCCUCUCGCGAGGCACCUCCAAGGGCAAGCCCACACUCUGCGACUCGUUUCGCCACCAGCUCCAGGCGCUGGUCGACGUGCUGCAGGGCACGACGCCCUGGUACGCGCGCUGCAUCAAGCCCAACAUGGACAAGAAGGCCAACCACUAUGACGAGAAGCUCGUGCUCGAUCAGCUGAGGUACCUCGGCAUGCUCGACAUCAUUCGGAUACGCAAGGAGGGAUUUCCCAUCCACAUGGCCUUCUCCGAAUUCGUCGCCAGGUAUCGCUGCCUCGAGAGAAGCAGGUUCUCGUUGCCGAAGGACGAGAAGGAGGCUGUGAGAGCUCUCAUCAAGAGCAAGAGCGUCCCGGCCACCGAGUGGCAGAUCGGCAAGAACAAGGUUUUCCUCAGAAAGUUCGUUCACGAGCCACUCGAGGACGCCAGAAACGAGCUCAUCACCUGCAAUGCUGUGCUCAUUCAGAAGACAUGGAAGGGAUACACCGUUCGCAAAGAUUAUAGACGAAUGCGCGAAGCGGCUUUGAAGGUGCAGCACGCAUACCGCGGCUGGAAGCUACGCAUUAUGUUCAUAAGAAAACGCCGUGCAGCGAUAGUCAUCCAGUCGCAUCUGCGAGGCGUUUUCGCCCGCGAAGUCGCAGCCGCACUGCGCGAGAUGAGGCGCGUCGACGAAGAAAUGCGGAAGCGCGAGAGGCUCGAAGAGGAGAGAAAACUCAUGGAGGACAAGAAAGCCCUUGAAGAGAGCCAAAGCACCCAAUACAACGGUAUUGUCGGGAUGGAGCCUGGGAAAGCACAAGAAGAAAUCGCACAACUCUCACAAAUGGCUGAGCAAUAUAAUUCCAAAAUGGCUGGCAACAACAACAAUAAUUCAAGUACCGACAUCCCCUCUGUGGAUCUUGACAAUCUUUUCUCUUUCUUGUCUGACGUACAAUCGACUAAAAGCAACCACAUAAUCGACGAGAUUGGCGAGAAGAUGGACGAACUAGUAGAGAAUCUAGACGUUGAGCUUGAAUCGGUGAUUCAGCAAGAGUUACAGGAGAAAGCGAAGCGAGAAUCUAAGAACGCAAAGAGCCCGAUAGCCGAAGAAGCUGAAAAGAAUAUUGUCAAUGGCCAGAAGAAAAUACCAAGUCUACCGGAACCCAAGGAUUCACCACCACCACCACCACCUCCACCGCCCCCACCACCGCAGUUCGCAAACAGUGCUGUUAACGGGGAUGCGAAAGAACACAGCGAUGAGCCAAUUUAUGAAUCAGUUUUGCCAAGAGAUGAGAAUGGACCAUCUAGUCCGAUCUUAGUAAACGGUAACAAUAGUCACAAUGGACACUCAAAUGGAAACCUUUCGGAUGAUAAUUCUGCCAAAAUUCCGAUUCAGAAUUUAGUUGCCAAAGAACCUCAGCAAAUAAAGAAGUUGAUAAGUCCUGGUGCACAAUCAGAGCCGAGAAAGACAAUUCUGAAUAAGCGUCAUUCACAAAAUCACAACAAUCAUCAGGUUCAUCAGCAACAAAACGGACACGAUCAAAACGCACAACUUUCUCAGCAGCAAAAUCAACAACAACAGUAUCAACCUCAGAAGCAGCAACAGCCACAACAACAUCAGCAGUUGCAGCAACAACAACAAAAGCAACUACAGCAGCAAAAACUGCCUCAACAAGAGAAUCCGACAAAUCAACAGCAUCAGGCAACACAGCAACAACCAGCUGAACGAGAGCAAAGACGCAAGUAUCGCGUGGAACGCAAACUGCAAGAGCUGGAAGAGAAAAAACUGGAGACUCCAGAGGGCAGUGAAAAUUAUCACGACAUUGUCGAGUUUGCACAAAACUAUUUCAACAGUCAUGAACGUUCACCCGAAGGUACAAUCAUGGCAACUCUUACGAGAAAAUCGCGGGGUAAAAGUAUGGAAUAUGUUCCCAAGUACGAAAUGGUUACGUAUUACAAGGGAUCGACUAUUCCGAAUUCACACAUUCACAUGUACGACCCAGAAAAUGUCAACGUUGCUUGCACAGUAUUUAGAGAUCUCUGCAAAUACUUACGUGGAGAAAUGAAAUUGGACCAGGAGAUUUCCGCUAUCCAGACUAUAAUUGGCUAUGGCAUAGAACGCGAAGAACUGCGUGAUGAAAUUCUUGUCCAAUGCAUGCGUCAAGCCACAAACAAUCCGAAUGCUGAAUGGGCUGAACGUGUCUGGCUGCUACUUUGUUUGGCGAUUGUCGCCUUCCAACCAAGCAAGCUUCUCUAUAAGUAUUUCGUGUCAUUUCUAAAAAAAAAUCUUGCAUUGGAAGGAAAAUUACGCCAGUACGUGCAAUGGUGUCUUGAUAAUUGUAAGAAUACCAAAGUUUCGUGCAGACAGUAUCCUCCAUCGACCGUUGAAAUAGCGGCUAUGAGAAGACUGGGCACAAUCGUGUGCAGAUUUUUCUUUUUGGAUGGCAGGACCAAAGCAAUCGAUGUCCACCCGACAGAUACAGCUGCCGAUGCAGCAGCCAAAUUAGCUGAAAAGCUAGGAUUGCGUUCGCUCGAAGGAUGGGCAAUUUACCAAAGUCGACCUGAUGGAGAGGAACACGUGAGAGCUCACGAUUAUCUGUAUGACGUCAUUGCUGCCUGGGAAAUGAAACAAUGCAAAUUGAACACAACACAAUCUGGCUUUUCUACGCUGCGUCGUAAUAAUCAAACACUUGGUAGCGGUGACAAUCGUUUUAUAUUUAAACGGCGACUUUUUCGCAAUACCAAAGAAAUAUCCCAAGAUCCAGUCGAAGUCAACAUGCUUUAUGCUCAAGCCGUUUACAAUGUAGUAAAGUGUGAUGACUUUCCAGUAUCGGAGAAAGUAGCACUUCAACUUGCAGGAUUACAAGCACAAGUAAUGCUUGGUGAUCCCAAGGAUAAUGACCGUCUCGACUAUUACAGCGAAAUUGAGACAUUCUUACCGUACAGAAUCAGCCGUGCUCGGGGCGAUGAUGUUUGGGUACCGAUACUAGCUCAAGCACAUCGACAAUACGGCGCCGGACGAUCUGAACUCGCAGUCAAAGUUCUUUACUUAUCAUGUGUCAUGCAAUACCCACUAUAUGGUACAACGAUGUUCAAUGUAACAUACCGUGGUUAUUGGUCUUAUGGAAAUCAACUGAUUCUCGGUAUAAAUUGUGAGGGUCUUAUGCUUAUUAAACCAGACGACAAAUUCGUACUUUCUGAGUAUCGUUACCAGGACGUGGAAAGUAUUAUGCUAGAUCCUAGCGAUUCAUUCAUCACGAUCUCGCUGUUAAGGCACAACCCUGAUAGUUCCCACAAAUGUUUUGUUUUUGAGACGCCGCAAAAGAACGAAAUCGGCAGCCUUAUCGUGAGCUAUUGUCCUGCUCUUGCUGGAUGGAUCACUGAAAAUGAGGCGCCUGCAAAGAAGCUGAAAGGAAUCACCAAUGAAGAUAGAGUUAGAUUAUACCAUAAUCUUGUAAACUGCCGAAGAACCCUAGUAGAUUCAGAAAUACUGAGAAAGCCACAGGAUGCAGGGGCUGGAUUUUUUAGGAACACAUUAAGACGACUGUCCAAGCACAGGCUUGAAAAAUUACGACAAGAACAUGGAAACUCUACCGACCAAGGUGAAACUUACAAAGGUUUUCAUUAUGGUUACUGGGCCUUCAGCAGAACACUUAUAACCCAAAGUCUGACAAAGCUACCAGAUGCCGAAGAGCAGAUAGCCCUAAAUGUCUUCCAAUUAAUACUCACAUAUGCCGGUCUUGGGCAAAAUGGUGACACGAUUCGUCGUGUUGAAGAUGAGCAUGUAAACCUCAUUCAAACAGUGAUGGAGCGUUGCAUGCGUAAAGAAACGCUUCUCGGAGAGCUGUAUCUCCAGUUGAUUAAGCAAACGACCGACCAUCCCGAUCCUAACAGUCGCGUUAAUCUGAGGCAUUGGGCUUUAUUGUCGUUAGCUUGUUCCGUCAUUCUGCCACCACAGAAAAUCAUAAGAAAAUAUUUAAUCACACAUCUCAAACGUUGCGCUAGCGAUUAUGUAACAGAAGAGGGUAAGUAUGCAAGAUUUGCAGAAAAGUGCCUGUACAAGACACAAGGUACUUGGAGAAGGCAAUGGCCACCUAGCCGAGAAGAGAUUAUGUGUACUAUUAAUCGAAGACCAAUUUAUGCGAGAUUCCAUUUUAUGGAUGGACAAUAUCAUGCAGUAGAAUUCCAUCCAUCGGCUACGGCCAGAGACGUAAUGGAACUCAUCAAAGCUAAAAUUGGACUCGGAGAAAGUGCAAUGGGAUAUGCAAUAUAUGAAGUACUUGGUUCUUCUGACCGAGCACUGCUGCCAGAUGAAAAAAUAGCAGAAGUUAUGUCUAAAUGGGAAAAAUAUAGAAAUACAAGUACCACGGGUCAAGCUUCUCAGCCGCGUAAACAUGCCCACCACUUCUUUCUCUUUAAAAAGCACCUAUUUCUAGAUCAAUAUAUGAAUCUGGAUGAUCCGGUUGAAAAAGAAUUACUUUACUAUCAAGUACUUCAUGAUCUUCGGGCUGAUCGCUUUCCAAUUACAGAAAAGGAAGCUAUGAUGUUGUCUGCCUUGCAAGCUCAAGUGGAACAGGGUGAUUGCGAGGAUCAUUUAUCGGUUCAAGAAUAUCAAUCCAUAGCUGGACACUGCCUACCAACACGCCUUGUACCCAAUCUUUGCCUUGACGGCGUUGUUCAACAUCACCAAUCAUUGCGCGGCAUGUCGACACCAGAAGCCAAGAAGGCUUUUCUCAAUCUUAUACAAUCUUGGCCAUUACACAAAGCGACUAUUUUCGAUGUCAUGCAGUCUUUUACCUCAAAUUGGCCACGCGUACUUUGGCUUGCCGUUGAUCAAAAAGGCUUACAUCUACUCGAGCAUCGUUCAAGAAACGCGCUUUGUACUUACGAGUACGCGAGUAUACUUAGUUACAAUCCUGCCGUCAAUUGCUUAAUGAUUAUAACGGGUUCUGACAAGAAGCAGAGUAAAGUGAUUUUGACAACUUCUCAGGCUUUCCAAAUAGCAAAUCUCAUUCGAGAGUAUAUGGAGGUUUUAGGCCUGCCUCUUGAAAUCCACAAGCGUGAUUCUACUGUUGUACAACAGAUUAAUCAAUCCCACCAGCAGCAACAGAUGAAUGGUACCAGUAGCAAUAGAAAGUCAAGACCAGCAUCAGCCUUGCAUCGUGGUGCACCUGUUAUUCAUUCGCAGGCCAGUUAAAACUCAGUUUUUGCUGAACCAAUAUUCUAUAAAAAAUUUUCGAUUGGUGUUCAAGCUAAGUAUUAAACAUGGCAAAGAAACAAGAGGGAUGUGGUGGUCCCUUUUUGUAUGUAUAUUUAUUGAAUUAUUAUAACAAAAAACUGUUGAAAUAUGCACUUAGGCUAGGGAUCGGCUAAAUUAUAUUGUACAUUUAAUUAUCUCACAACUUUGUAAUCUAUUGUAAAUUAUUUAUUCUUCUUGUCAUCGUAUAUUUUUGUAAUAAUGGUCCCACAAGAUUUUGUGUUCUUAAUGUUUAAUCGUUGAUACUUAUUUAGUUUUCUUUACUUGAAAAUUUUGUAUAAUGUAAUUUGUGAAAAAUUUAAUGAAAAAUACAUACCUCGUAACUUGUUGAGGGACAAUUAAUUACAAAAUUGCAUGAUAAUGAAACAAAAAAAUUAUACAGAAUAAAACAUAAUUAGCUUAUUGCUACUGGCUUUAUGAAGAUGUAUGUUUAAAUAGCACAAAUUUAUUACAGAUGACGUAGAUCUACAAUAUUGCUAAAUACUGCCAUGUAAGAUUGUUUAUCGACUUGCGCCAAAAGCGGACAAUUAUAAAAAGGCUUAAGUCUCGUGUUUUCAUAUGAAUGAUUGAACUGUAAUAUAAUCACGGUUAUCCGUGAUUCCUUUAGCGAUGGCAAUUUUUUUCGUCGUUAUACAUUAUACACUUGUAACAACCGUUGCCUUUUCUAUAAGUAUAAUAUAUAUCAUAUAACUUGUCUUUAAAAUAUAAUAACAUUAUUACAAAAAAAAAAAAAAAAAAAAAAAAAAAAAAAAAAAAAAAAAAAAAAAGAGCAGAAGUGCAAGAAAAAAUCGAAAAGACAAGAUUCGUGAUAUCAGUUAUAAGAGGAGAUUAUAUAUAUAUAUAUAUAUAUAUAUAUAUAUAUAUAUAUAUAAAAGCAUGCGCAUCAUUGUAAAAUUGCUAGAUAUGUAACUAACGAAAAUAUUCCGAUUGCAUUUUUCUUCUGUGACUUUCGAAUUUUACAGAUAAGUAUGUAUACUGAUAAAAGGUCAACGUUAGGCAUAGGCGACUGCGUUUAUGAACUACAGUUUCCACAAUUUUAUAGUGAAUUAAAAUUGUAUACCAAUUACUAGUAUACAUUGAUUUUUGUUACUAGACAUUUAUAAAUAAGGAAAUAAUAGUACUGAUCAAAAAUCGUUUUUAAAUUCAUACAAAUUUCUUAAUUUAUUAAAUCCGAAAUUUUAAGUUGAAAAAAAGAUAUACUACAUUUUAGUUAACUACAUAUUUAAACUUGUGCAAUUCUAACAAAAACUUUGUAAUACAAAACGCAAGUCAGCCCAUAAGCUGCAUACGUAUAGUAUUAAUUUUCGCACAAUAAUUGAUUACUGUAACCUACUUAAAUUAUUUCUUUUAAUUAUUUGCCGAUAAUUAUCAUUGAAAAUUAAGUAAAAUGUUGGUUACAAUGUCAUUUUAUACGCAAUCUAUGAUGUAAGAAUUCUAAGUUGCUUGACAUUCCCUGAUACAAAAUCGGAGUAAAUCUGACUUCAUAAGAAACAUGUAUUUGUAAAUAUUUAUAAUUAAAAAAAACUUUAAACUUGGACGAUUAGUUGAAAGGCCGAUAAAAUUCAUAUUUAAUUUUUUGUCUAAAUUGUAUAUAAGCAAAGGUUUCUUAUGCAGCAGUUAAUUUAACAUGUACGAAAUAUUUAAAAAGUAGUGAACUUUGGAUCAAAAGUAAAUAUUAAUAGAUCGUCUAUCACUAACCAUAGAAUAUAAUUAGUAUAAAUAUUACGUCUAUGCAAGUUGACAAAUUUAAGUUUAUAUUUUUCAACACUUUAUUUGUCGAACUACGACUUGCAUAUCAAUCAUAAAACUAUGUAUAAUAUUUACCAAUUUUUUAUCAAUUUUCCCUUUUUUUUAUUUUUCUAAACGUUUAUCUAAUCAAUCAUAAAACUUUUUAUUAACGAAUUGAUCUCAAGUAUAAUAAUAUACAGAAUAGAUGUAAUUUUAAAAUAAACAAUCAAUUUUAUAGAACUUUAUUACGAAAUCGGUUUUUACUAUACUGAAUUUAAAAAGAAUUUCAAAGACUAUGUUCUCUUACUCGCCGUGCCUCGAUUUAAAUAACGUCCAAGUAUGUAUACAUUUAUAAUACAUUUAAAUUUUGUUUUGUAAUGCAAUUUUAGAAGAAGAGUGACGUGCUUGUUUUAUAUGAAUAUAAAUAAGUAUAUUCGAUUUGUGUUUUCUUGUUGUCAGCGUGUAAAUAUGAGCUAUUGACGGUAUAGUUCCGCAAAUUACACAGCCAAAAUAGGACAAGCCCAUCAAGAGCUCGGACCAAGAUUCGGUCGUUUAUUUGAUUGAUGCUAUGUUACUUAUCGCACAUUAAACAAAAAUAAUUUCGUAAUUCGUUUUGCAAACCAUUCCUUCAAGUAAUUUGACGACGAUUAAGGUUUCACGAUUAAAAGUAUUUUUUCAUAAAAUUCUACGAAAUUCAAAUGCUUAUCACAUACAUUUAUCUGCAGUUUUUUAACAUAUUUCUUAAUUUAAAUUUAAAUACCGACGAAUGCUGAGUCCGACUGUGAUUCGUGAAUGGGUGCGUUGUAAUUCAUUAAGUCUUCGAGAAGAGGCAAUUAUAUGAGUGAGAGUAUAAGUGUUGCAGAGUACAGACAAAGUAAUAGAAGCGACGAGUGAGAAAAUAUGAGAUUAUGUGCGUGCCUGAUGCGAAAUUACGAAUGUUGAGUGAAUUAUAUUAGCUUAAUGAACAAUAAAAAUAAAAUAAAUUAUUGGUUGAGACAAUGUUAUUAUCGAAAAAAUUAUAUAAACGAGAUCGCUAUGUAUAUAUUAUAUUGUAUUUACAGAAAACACGUAGACAAUUUUUAGACACAGUCGUAGAAACAAGAGAAUGAGUUAUUAAAUGGAAACACGAACAUAUGCGUGCGAGGACGACAAGGCGAAAAACACGCACACAUGUAUGAAGAACGCAUACAUAUGUGGAUACAUCUACGUAUUAUUAUAAAUAUAGUGAUAUAUCCAGACUCUGUAUUGAGAUCACAAUAAAGUCAUAUUAUAUUACAAA